CCGCUUUCUGCGUUGCUGAAUAUGGGUGCGCACUCCUUUACUCUUUAAACACAGGGUUUUUGUUUAACAACAAGCAAGAUGAGUUGGGCAGCACUGUAUAGUCAGCUAGGAGGAGUGAACAAACACUCCACUAGCCUGGGCAAGAUCUGGCUCUCUGUUCUUUUCAUUUUUCGAAUUACCAUUCUGGUGCUGGCUGCUGAGAGUGUUUGGGGGGAUGAACAAUCAGACUUUACUUGCAACACACAGCAGCCAGGUUGCAAAAAUGUCUGCUAUGACCACUUCUUCCCAGUUUCUCACAUCCGUCUCUGGUGCCUACAGCUGAUUUUUGUUUCGACCCCAGCUCUACUGGUGGCCAUGCAUGUGGCAUAUCGCAAGCGUGGUGUCAAGAAAGAACUUCUUGCAUGCAAGGGUGACAAAGCGAGGGAGGAAGACUUGGAAGGUCUGAAGAAGAGACGCUUGCCUAUUACUGGCCCACUGUGGUGGACCUACACUUCCAGUUUAUUUUUUAGGCUCCUUUUCGAAGCUGGCUUCAUGUAUGCACUCUACUUUGUCUAUGAUGGCUUCCAGAUGCCCCGUCUUGUCAAGUGUGAACAGUGGCCUUGUCCAAAUAAAGUUGACUGUUUCAUUUCACGACCAACAGAGAAGACGGUUUUCACCAUUUUCAUGGUGGGAUCUUCAGCUUUGUGCAUUGUGCUCAAUGUUGCAGAGCUGGUCUAUUUGAUCAGUAAGGCAUUGAUGAGAUGCUUAUCUAGGGCCAAGAGGAGGCACACCUACAGCCAUCCAUCAGACAUGUCCAAAGAUGGGGCUCUGUUGCAGAACAAAAAGAAUGAGAUGUUGUGUUCAUCAGUUUCUUCGGAGUCCAGUGAUGGCAAGUCUGUAUAAAAGGUCCAGUGUUUUGUCGAGUUGAAUGUGAUUUAUUCCCUUAAAUGACCAUUAAUGUCAUUAAAAAAAGCAUUAAUGCAAUGUUUCUACUUCAGCAGUACUCGAUUCCGUUUUUCUUGAAUAAACGCACAAGGCACUUGGUCAUGAGUGUCUAAACAUUUAAUACUGGUUAAAGUGUGGCCUUAUUUUCUACAUCCUACGGUUAUCAUUCAGUGACACCUAGUGUUUAUGAAAUACAAAUUAAAUUAACUUGCUGCCUUUGCUCUUGAAUGUAUAACUUUCAUAUUGUUUCAUGAAACAGACACAUAUCUAUGCAGUAGAUUUAAGACAUUCUUACCAAUCCAGUCUGUUUUGGCAGGCAACAGUACCUUUUAUAGACAGACAGGCAAUGAUUUCAUGCCUUAUUUGCAGAAAGGUCUGUUUUAAGCUUAGUCUCUUUUUGUGGAUGUAUUAAAACUUUGAAUACAGUGUUUUUCUUUAACUGUCAUGAUUGUUUGUUAAACAUGAAAUGGAUUAGAUGUCUUGUACUCGCACUAUAUGACUUUAUGUUGUACUUUAACUUGCAAUGAUGCAAUUAGUCAUUGUGGGUUUUAUGACUGUAUACACAUUUAUUUAAAAAAAUAAAUGAUUGUGUGUAAAUGA